AUGGGUAACUCAAACUUCAAACAAUUCACACCAUGGGGUAGAUCAUCAAUUUCAGAUCCAUCAUCUACAACAACAGUUACUACUAAGACUUCUGAGUACAUACUAUCGAAAACUCCAAUAGGUGAGGGAUCAUAUUCAGUUGUAUAUAAAUGUCAAAAUAAAUCAACUAAAAAGUUAUGUGCUUCAAAGAAAUACAAGAAAUUAAUAAUUUAUGGAAUGGAGGAUUCAUUAGUUAAUGAGUUUGAAAUUUUGAAAAGUAUUACUAAAAAUCAUCCAAAAUUAUUAUCAUUAAUAGAUUAUUUUGAAACUGAUAAAAGUUUUUAUUUAGUUACUGAUUUAGCAAAAGGUGGAGAUCUAUUCAAUAAAAUUGUCAACGAAUCACCAAAUGGUAAAUUAGAUAUAGACACAUCACAAGAGAUUAUAGUACAAUUAAUUGAUUGUUUAGCUUUUUUGCAUGAAAAUGGAAUAGUUCAUAGAGAUAUGAAACCAGAGAAUAUAUUUUUCAAAUCAAAAGACUCAAACUCAAUACUACUAGGAGAUUUUGGAUUAGCGAGAUCGAUUAAAUCUAAUCAAAAACUAUAUGAAAUACUGGGAACUUUAAGUUACAUGGCUCCAGAAAUGUUUGAUAGAGAGAAAGGUUAUAGUAAGGAAAUAGACAUAUGGGCAAUGGGGGUUGUAUUAUAUUUUAUGUUAUCUGGCUACUUACCAUUUGAUUGUGAAACUGAUGAUGAAACUAAAGAUGCUAUUACAAACAAGAAAUAUUUAUUUGAACCUGAAGAAUACUGGGAAGAUACUCCAAAAGAAAUAAAACAAUUUAUAAAUUCAUGUUUUGAAAGAAAUACAGCUCGAAGGCUGCUUGCAACGUUAAAGAAAGAACCAUUUGUUAGUCAAUAUAUGCCGCCUUCAAUUUCAAAACUAAAUUCGAAUUCUAAGUCAACAAAUUCAUCCUCGUCUUCCUCCAUAAGACCAAAUAUUUCAUCGUUACAAAAAAAGCAAAUCAUGGAUAUACUAUCAAAUAAUAAGAACUCACGUUUAAAGGCUGCUAAUCCAAAAAUGAAAAAUUUCAAAACUGAUGAGAAUACUCAUCAAGGUGAUAUGUGUCAUUCGCCGGAAACUGUCACGGAGUUGAAUACACCUCUGGCGUCAGUCCAAAGUUCAAGAGAGCCUUCUUCAUUGAAAAUUCCCCAGUAUAUAGACGAAAUUAAUGACUCUUAA